AUGUCUUCCGUCCUCCGCUGCAGCACCAAGCUGCGUGCCGCCCGGCUUCCCGCCGCUCGUGCUCUGUCGACGACCGCCCGCCUGCGUGCGGAGCAGCCCUUUUUCCCCAAUGAGCCCUCCGCUCCCUCCGUCAACACGGCCAUUCCCGGCCCCAAGAACAAGGCUGCAGCCGCCGAGCUGGAUGAAGUCUUUGACGUGCGCAGCUUGAACAUGCUGACCGACUACAAUCAAUCCGUUGGCAACUACAUCUCGGAUCUGGACGGCAACAAGCUGCUCGAUGUCUACGCUCAGAUCGCCUCUAUCCCGGUCGGGUACAACAAUCCGCACCUCCAGAAGGUCGCGCAGUCGCCGGAGAUGAUCACUUCGCUGAUCAACCGCCCGGCACUGGGUAACUUCCCCUCCGCGGACUGGGCGCACAUCUUGAAGACCGGUAUCCUCAAGGCCGCGCCCAAGGGUCUGAACCAGGUGUUCACCGCCAUGGCAGGCUCGGAUGCCAACGAGACCGCGUACAAGGCGGCCUUCAUGUACUACCGCCAGCUGCAGCGUGGUGGCCCGCAGGUUGAGUUCACCGAAGAGGAGCUGAAGUCCACCAUGGAGAACCAGGGCCCUGGCUCCCCCCAGCUGUCCAUUCUCUCCUUCAAGUCGGCCUUCCACGGCCGUCUCUUCGGCUCCCUGUCCACCACCCGCAGCAAGCCCAUCCAUAAGCUUGAUAUCCCGGCCUUCGACUGGCCCCAGGCCACUUUCCCCACCCUGAAGUACCCUCUGGAGGAGCACGCUCAGGAGAACGCAGCCGAGGAGCAGCGCUGCCUGCAGGAGGUGGAGCAGCUGAUCAAGACGUUCCACAACCCCGUCGCGGCGGUCAUGGUUGAGCCCAUCCAGUCCGAGGGCGGCGACAACCACGCCUCGCCCGCUUUCUUCCGCGGCCUGCGUGAGAUCACCAAGCGCAACAACGUGCUGUUCAUCGUCGACGAGGUGCAGACCGGUGUCGGCGCCACAGGCAAGUUCUGGGCCCACGACCACUGGAAUCUCGAGACCCCUCCCGACAUGGUGACCUUCUCCAAGAAGGCUCAGACCGCUGGCUACUACUUUGGCAACCCGGCCCUGCGGCCCAACAAGCCUUACCGCCAGUUCAACACCUGGAUGGGUGACCCCUCCCGCGCCCUGAUCUUCCGCGGCAUCAUCGAGGAGGUCGAGCGCCUGGGUCUGGUGGAGAACACCCGCAUCACCGGUGACUACCUGUACAAUGGUCUCCAGGGUCUCGCCCAGAAGUACCCCGAGCACUUCCAGAACCUGCGCGGUAAGGGCCAGGGUACCUUCAUUGCCUGGGACACUCCCCAGCGGGAUGCGUUCGUGGCCAAGGCUAAGCAGGUUGGUGUCAACAUUGGUGGCAGCGGCCAGAGCGCUGUCCGUCUGCGCCCCAUGUUGGUCUUCCAGAAGCACCACGCCGAUAUCCUCCUGGAGAGCAUCGAGAAGAUCAUCAAGCUUCUGUAG